AGUGCAUCUCCCUACCCCACUCCGUUACUUCCCUCAUGGCCUCUAAACCCAUCCGUGAAUUCGACGCGAAACUCCUACUGGCGUACUGGUUGCCCUUGGCGCCUCCGCCAUGCGCCAACUACCCCACUGUCAGCGAGAGCUUCAAGUCCCCGAAGCCUCGUGUCGCGCAGUUCGCUUGGACUGAAGAGACCUCCGGCGACGCUUAUCUCGCGACGCCUUCAUGGGUUGAUGCUUCGACCAAACUCGUAGCCAAGCCCGACAUGCUUAUCAAGCGUCGUGGUAAGGCUGGGCUGCUUAGCCUGAACAAAACCUGGGAUGGGCCCGAUGGUGCCAAGGCUUGGAUUGCCGAGCGCGCCGGAAAGCCCGUCAAGGUCGAGCACACGACGGGUAUCCUCACCAAUUUCAUCGUCGAACCUUUCCUUCCCCACCCUUCCAACACGGAAUACUACGUCUGCAUCAACUCCGGCCGUGAGGGUGAUACCAUCCUCUUCACACAUGAAGGUGGUGUCGAUAUCGGCGAUGUUGAUUCCAAGGCCGUCCGUCUAGAGCUCCCUGUGUCAGUCCUCUCCGGGUCUGCCUCAUUCCCCACACGCGACUCCAUCAAGUCGACUCUCCUCGCAGCUGUUCCCCACGGCAGCCAGGAUGCGCUUGUGGACUUCAUCACCCGUCUCUACGCAGUCUACGUUCACCUUCACUUCACGUAUCUAGAAAUCAACCCUCUCGUUUGUCUCGAAGGUGGCGAGAUCCACUUCUUGGACAUGGCGUCCAAGCUCGACCAAACCGCCGACAGUAUCUGCGGGCCGAUGUGGGCGAUCGCGCGUGAUGCCUCUGUACUGGAGGAGCUCUUCACUGGAGCCGCUCCCAAGGCUGCCCCCGCUGCCGCUGGCAAGAAGGGUGGCGUGCAGACGGACCGUGGACCCCCGAUGGUCUUCCCCGCACCAUUCGGUCGUCAAUUGACGACCGAGGAGGCAUAUGUCCAGAAGCUGGAUGCGUCGACCGGCGCCUCUCUGAAGCUCACCGUUCUCAACCCUAAAGGUCGUGUUUGGACAAUGGUUGCUGGCGGAGGAGCCAGUGUUGUGUACUCGGAUGCGAUUGCAGCGCACGGCUUUGCCGGCGAGUUGGCUAACUACGGAGAGUACAGUGGUGCCCCCACGGAAGGCCAAACAUACGAGUACGCUCGCACUGUCCUCGGCUUGAUCACGCGUGGUGCCCCACACCCCGAUGGCAAAAUCCUUAUCAUUGGCGGCGGUAUUGCCAACUUCACCAAUGUUGCUGCGACUUUCAAGGGUAUCAUCCGUGCCCUCAAGGAGUUCAAAACUGGUCUAAUCACGCAUGCCGUCAAGAUCUAUGUUCGUCGUGGCGGUCCCAACUACCAGGAAGGUCUCCGUGCUAUGCGCCUCCUCGGAGAGAGCUUGGGUGUGCCCAUCAAGGUGUAUGGGCCUGACACUCACAUCACCGAUAUUGUGCCCAUCGCCCUGGGCGUUGACCUCGAGAACAAGCCCAACACUGUGCCCAGCACGGGAACGACGACUCCGACCGCCGUUUCUGUCGAAACGGUUCCUCCAAAGAGCAGCUCGCCUGCCGUCGGAGAAAUUCAUCCGUCUGGCUCUCGCACGCAGCCUGACGACCAGAUCGUGCGCUUCACCACGGAGGAAGUUGCCGGUUCUCGACCGACUUACCGGCCUUUCGAUGAGAUGACGCGUAGCUUUGUGUACGGUCUCCAGCCCCGGGCGAUCCAGGGCAUGCUCGACUUCGACUUUUCUUGCGGUCGCAAGAACCCGAGUGUCGCGGCAAUGGUGUAUCCCUUCGGUGGACACCACAUGCAGAAGUUCUAUUGGGGCACCAAGGAGACACUAUUGCCCGUCUACACUUCGGUCGCCGAGGCCGUCAAGAAGCACCCCGACGUCGAUGUGGUCGUCAACUUUGCCUCGUCGCGGUCUGUGUAUUCGAGCACGGUGGACAUCCUGAAGUACACCCAGAUCCGCAGCAUUGCGUUGAUCGCUGAGGGUGUCCCUGAGCGUCAUGCUCGCGAGCUGCUCUGGCUGGCGCACGAGCGUGGUGUGUUGAUCAUUGGCCCCGCCACUGUCGGUGGAAUCAAACCUGGCUGCUUCCGUAUCGGAAACUCUGGCGGAAUGAUGGAUAACAUCAUCGCAUCUAAGCUGUACCGCGCCGGAUCAGUCGGUUAUGUGUCCAAGUCUGGAGGCAUGUCGAACGAGCUGAACAACAUCCUGUCGCUGGUGACCGACGGAACAUACGAGGGUAUCGCCAUCGGUGGCGAUCGUUACCCGGGAUCGACCUUCAUCGACCAUCUGUUGCGCUAUGAGGCUGACCCGAACUGCAAGAUGCUCGUUUUGCUGGGUGAGGUCGGUGGUGUCGAGGAGUACCGUGUGAUCGAGGCGGUUAAGAGUGGACGUAUCACCAAGCCGAUCGUCGCAUGGGCCAUUGGAACCUGCGCGAAGAUGUUUGACACUGAGGUCCAGUUCGGUCACGCUGGCUCGAUGGCCGACUCAGAGAUGGAGACGGCCGAUGCGAAGAACAAGGCGAUGCGGGCUGCUGGUUUCGUUGUCCCGGAGACCUUCGAAGAGCUUCCGCGCGUUUUGAGAGAGACGUACCAGAGUCUCGUUUCCCGGGGCGUCAUCUCGGAGAAGAGCGAGCCAGAUCCACCAGUCAUCCCGAUGGAUUACAAGUGGGCCUCCGAGCUCGGACUGAUCCGAAAGCCCGCUGCAUUCAUCUCGACCAUCAGUGACGAGCGUGGACAAGAGCUGCUGUACGCUGGUAUGCGUAUCUCGGAUGUCUUCAAGGAAGAUAUUGGACUGGGUGGUGUUGUGUCGCUGCUGUGGUUCAAGCGCCGCCUUCCUCCUUGGGCGACCAAGUUCAUCGAGAUGGUGCUCAUGCUCACUGCCGACCACGGUCCUGCCGUGUCUGGUGCGAUGAACACCAUCGUCGCGACUCGUGCCGGCAAAGACCUGAUCUCUUCGCUCGCUUCGGGUCUGUUGACCAUCGGCUCCCGAUUUGGCGGUGCGCUCGACGAAGCGGCGUCGAUGUUCUCGCAGGCACGGGAUACGGGUCUUACUCCCCGCGAGUUCGUCGACAACUCGCGCAAGGCCAACAAGCUCAUCUCCGGCAUCGGACACAAGAUCAAGAGUGUCAACAACCCAGACCUCCGUGUCGAGCUCGUGAAGGAGUUUGUGCGCAAGAACUUCCCUGCCCACAGCCUGCUCGACUACGCGCUCGCCGUCGAGAAGGUCACCACAGCCAAGAAGGACACGCUCAUCCUGAACGUCGAUGGAUGCAUCGCCGUUUGCUUUGUCGAUCUUCUUCGGGACUCGGGUGCGUUCACACCCGAGGAGGCGGAUGAGUAUGUCAAGAUUGGCACGCUCAAUGGCUUGUUCGUGCUGGGUCGCAGCAUCGGAUUCAUCGGCCACCAUCUAGAUCAGAAGCGCCUCCGCGAGCCGCUGUAUCGUCACCCAGCCGAUGAUAUCUUCAUCAACAUGGCUGAUGUCAACCAGCCUCGGGUUUUGGGUCGCAUGCAGUAGCUGGUCAUCUUUAGAUAUAAUGCAAUCAUACUUUCUUUUCUCUUCUCUGUACAAGGGCUGUCUGUGAGUGGUCCAGAUAGCGAAGCAAGUACCACCACGUCACAAUGCAGAUGAUACCCAGCCAAAGAUUUAGUAAAAGCUUGUGUUUGUAGGCUCAUACAUGUUUAAAUAGCUCCCUCAUCGCUCGUCUCCGGCCAAAGAAUCAAUCCGUGUCCAUAGAUUGUAUCAACCAAUGCACCCUGCUCGUUAUCAAGUUGAAAAAGCGGCAUAGAGGGUGGCCGGACGCGCAUCCAGAUCUGACGAUGGGUGUCGGUCAUGGCGUAUCCGUCGCCGAUGAGGAACUGUGCGACCUCCGUUUGAUCGGAAGUAAUCUUGAACCAAGCUGACCAUGGACUCGAUCCUGUGAUGGGCACCCCUUUGUCGUUGACGAUGAUCACUCGAUAGGACAGGUGGGAGCCCACGGGAACCCUGCCUUUUAUACCCAUGCGGACUUUUCCCUGGAAGUAUCAGUUCUCGUGGAAAUUGAGGAGUGGCAGGCUUGUUUUGCGUGAUGAAGUCACUGAACAGUCCUUGGAGUUUGUUCCAAGCGCUGCGAGCAGGCUGGAUGUCCCUGUCCAACCGGGUCCCUAGAUGCUUGAUAUAGUCCGGUUUAUUGAGAUUCCCAAACUCCCCCAGCUCUCGGUCAUUGUCGUCACUCUUAUUUCCCAUUCCGUCCGAGUAAUCCCUGCCACCCGACCUACCCACCAGGCCAGCCACCUCUAAUCGUUGCCCCGUCUUGUUAUCUUUGAUAAAUACCCUCUCGCGAACACUCUCCUUGUCAGCAGAGCCAAAAGCUCGAUCGUACCAAGCGGUAUCAAAAUGGUCGAACUCGAUAGAGAUGCUGUUGAUACGAUCCUGUCUGGCCCAGUGGAUGUGGCCCUCGGUCUGUUUGAGCAGAUCCGGAAGAUGGGCUUGACAUCCUUCGUAGGCGAUGCGCAGUGCGCCGAGGCGAGCGUUGUAUUCGUGAAAGUUGUUCUGGCGACGAUGAUAGCGAGCCAUGUGAGCGUAAGCAGUGCAACGAAUCCAGUAAGCCUGGAAGAUGCAGAGGACGGCAGCGACGAGCCAUUGGAGCUCAUUGCCAUGGUCAUGCCCGUCAAGCUGGACCCCGUCACGGAGGGUGUCGAAUGCGUGUUGGAGGGAACCACCUGACUGAGUCGAUCUCGACAAGUUGUCCAGUGUGGUCUGAUGACUGAUUUCAGUCGCGAAAAGGUGUAAAAUAAGUUGUGAAGCAGCUUACAUCAAGAGCACGAAAAUCGUCGCUGGACAUGGUGUUCGUCAUAGCCUGCAGCGUCUUCAAAUCCUCCUGGAAAUCUCGCAGAUCAUUGAUAGCUUUUUUGAUAUCACCACUCCGCAAGCCAUCUUGGACCGCAGCUAGAAUAUUUUCACGGGUGUUUUGGUUGUACCGACUCAAUUUUGACGGUUGCAAGGCGGCAAAGGCCAGUCCUAGAAUAGCUGAAAGCACGAUGCCUUCCGGUCCGACAACAAAGAGCAUUGUCUCCGCUGCUACGACGAUGGGACCAACCCAGUCUGCAGUGCCGGUAGCAGGGAUAAUCUUCGCGGAGGGCGUGCCUGCCUUAUAGAACUCCUG